AUGUUCCUUCUCAGUAAACUAGCUGCACUGAUGGUUGUGCUGAUUCUUCCAAAUCAAGUUCAUGCAGGAAGAAUCAUUGGAGGCCACGAGGCUAAGGAACAUAGUAGACCAUACAUGGUGUUUUUGGAGAUGCACAAUUCAGCUGGUCCAAAACGAUUUUGUGGCGGAUUUCUUUUAAAUGAGAAUUUUGUGAUGACUGCAGCACAUUGCCAAGCUAAGAGUGCAGUUGCUAAACUAGGACUUCACAACACACAUACACCUGAGGCUACCAUCCCUGUGCAACAAGCAUUCCCACAUGUGGAUUACGACGACUCAACAUUCACUAAUGAUAUAAUGCUUCUUAAGUUGAAAUCCAAGGUAAAUGUCACAAAAAAUGUGAAACCCAUUGCUCUGGCAUACCAAGACAGUGGAUAUCUUCCUCAGAAAUGUUUUGUCUCUGGCUGGGGACAAACUGACUGGGUAAAAGACCAAUUGUCCACCAACCUCAUGGAACUUAAUGUAACACUGUUUAACAGUGAGAAUUGUGCAAAAGGAAAGUCAUACUGCUCUAUGGAAGAAACAGGACCAGGUCAGGGAGACUCUGGAGGUCCAUUGGUCUGUGAAGAUGAGAGGGCUUUUGGAGUGGUGUCCUCCUUUCUCAAGCCAUACAAUCACGGGCCUGCAAUGUUUCGAUAUACCAAGAUCCCUGACUUCAUAGACUGGAUCAAGUCAACCAUGGAAAAGGCUCUGUAA